UCCAUCAGCAUCACAAAAUGCAUCUAAAAUAUGUGAUGUGAUUCCAUACAUGGCUCCCGAAGUGUUGCGUAAUAAAGGAUAUACAAAGGCGUCAGAUAUAUACAGUCUUGCUAUGAUCAUGUCAGAGAUGGCAUCUGGAGAGCCACCAUUUGCAGAAAAAAGAUGCUGGGAUGCAGAUCCUACGAAAAGGCCAAAUGCAGUGAUAUUUUUGAAAGAUGGGCAAGAAAACUACUCCCUUAUAUUGGAUUCUUGUAAAAAACGCCGGCCGGGGCAAUUCAUCAAGGUGCAGUAUAUAACAGUCGUCCGUUUACUGAAUACAUCACGAGGGCAUGAGUGUGAAAUUGAUUUUCAUAAGGGAAAUAAUGAGGUUGAUGCUGAUAAU